AUGGACUGCAUUAACGAUGCAUUUCGGGCAGCGUCAAAGGGUGGACAUGUUCACGUCGUUGAGAAGCUACUCGACGCUAAAGCCGAUGUCAAUGCUGUUGCUGCUUAUGGAGGAGAGACAGCACUUCAAAUAGCGUCAAAAGGUGGACAUCUUCACGUAGUUGAGAAGCUACUCGCCGUUGAAGCCGAUGUCAAUGCUACUGCUGCUCGUGGGGAAUGGGCGGCACUUCAAGCAGCAUCAGAAGGUGGCCAUCUUCACGUAUUUGAGAAGCUACUCUCCGCUAAAGCCGAUGCCAAUCUUACUACUUCUCUUGCGGGACGGACGGCACUCCAAGCAGCAGCAGGAGGUGGCCAUCUUCACGUUGUCGAGCGGCUACUCAUGUCUAAAGCUGACGUAAAUGCUGCUGCUGCUCGUAAUCAGGGACGGACGGCACUCCAAGCAGCAUCAGAAGGUGGACAUCUUCAAGUUGUCGAACGACUACUCGCCGCCGGUGCCGAUGUUAAUGCUGCUGCCAGUAAUUAUGACGGAACGAUAGCGCUUCAAGCAGCAGUGGUCACGACCAGAAACCAGCUGUUCCGUAUUAGGGAAGUUAUUGAGCUCAUUUGA